AUGUCUCGCAGUUCAGCGAUCUGUGGGUACGGCUACUUGUCACUUCCGUGCAAGCGCUUUCUGAAGCAAGAGGAGAUGGAUGUGAUCCUCACAGACAUUGGACAGAGUAUCACUCAGUCAUUGGCACAACUACAGGCCUCGGGGGUGUCCAGUGCUGUCAGCGACGGUGUGCCAUCGUGGUUGGAGGCAAUGUGUAGUAUCAUCCGCGCAAGCGGAACGCUCAGCGUAUCCAUGGCAACCUCCAUUGAGCAGCUGCUGGUGCUGACAUUCACCUCUUAUACUACACUCGGCAGACGGCGCAAGGAGCAAGUGAUCGGAGGUAUAUAA